GUUACAAAGCUUUCAAAAAUGACAGAAGGCCUACGAGUUUUGAUAAAAAAGUGUUAGUAUGGGCAGGACGCUUUAAAAAGGAGGAGGACAUUCCCAAGCACAUAUCGUCUGAGGUCCUUGACGCAGCAAGGAACAGCGUCAGGAUCAAGGUUUGCUACAUCAUGAUUGCGCUGACCUUGCUGGGCUGCUUGGCCAUGGUAAUCACAGGCAAAGAAGCUGCUAAAAGGGAUCACACGCUGCUGAGGAUGAAUAUAGAAAAGAAGGCCAAAUGGAGGGCUAAAGAGGAGACGGAUCAGGAGGCAGUUGUUGAGAAGCUACAAUGA